AUGUCUUCCAACGCGCAAACAUCCCAAAGUCCGAAUGCGGAGAAAGCUUCAUCGACACAAACUUCGCCGGAAUCACUCUCACCGUCUCUCGAUGCAGACAUCGCGCGUCUAGCCAAAUUGCUGAACCAAACGGAGUCUAUGGGUGAUUCCGCUACAAACCCGGACGCUAGCUUGCAGGAACUUCUAUCGUAUCUGCAGAGCGCGGACGGGAUUGCUAGUGGUGUAGAGUUGCAGGUGGAUAGCAUUAUCAGUCAUCUGGAUGACUUGCUUGAUGGUCUUGAGAAGGAGGGACUUCAGAAAUCGGUGGAAGGCGACACCGUUUCCAAGUAG